GUUGUGGAGAAGCAGUGCGGCGUCGUGUGAAGCGUGGUUCGCGGUUCAGUGAAUUCGGAUGCGUUCGCAUGUGCCAUCCGAUCAAUCCAAUCUAUUCGAUAAGUUCACGUUGACGCUGGAAACACCGUUGUGAGUUGUGCAUGUUGAUUGUUUGGAGGACAUGCAACAUAUUCAAACACAUACCGACAACUGCGAAUAAGUCCGGUGCGAGAGUUUGUAUGAUUAGUGGCAAUCCAUAAUUUUGUGAUCGAGCCACCUGAUUAAAGAAUAUAAAAAACGUGCGAGAACUGCGUGAAAACAUUUGGAAAAGUGCAAGUGUGUGAAUAGUGGGAAGUAAUGGUUGCGUUAAAAUGGAAUCUGCGCGAGAGAAGAUUGAUUACUUCUCGGUCAACCUGUGCUAAGGUCGUUUGGAGCUAUUGCCAUACAAUAUCAGUUUCGAUAGUGACGCUGUUGCUGCUGACCGUGGCUUGCGUUGGAUCCACUGGUCAGAUUACAAGAAGAUUUCCAGCUGACUUCCGGUUUGGUGUAGGUUCCUCAGCUUACCAAAUCGAGGGAGGAUGGAGCGAGGGUGGCAAAGGAGAAUCUAUUUGGGAUCGAAUGACACACCGGUACCCAGAAAAGAUCGAAGACAGCAGCAACGGAGAUGUCAGCUCGGACAGUUACCACCAGUGGCGCCGCGAUGUCGAGAUGGUGCGUGAACUUGGUGUUGAUAUCUAUCGCUUCUCACUGUCGUGGCCUCGUAUUUUGCCUAGUGGAUUCGUGAAUAGCGUUAGCAAAAGUGGAAUACGCUACUACAGUGGCUUGAUAGAUGAAUUGCUCAAGUACAAUAUAACCCCAAUGGUGACGUUGUAUCACUGGGAUUUACCGCAACGACUUCAGGAUCUUGGAGGCUGGACUAAUCCGGAAUUGAUUAAUUACUUCAAAGAUUAUGCACGAGUAGCAUUUGAACAGUUUGGCGAUCGGGUUCAGCUUUGGACCACCUUUAAUGAACCAUGGCACGUUUGCGAACAAGGUUACGGUAUCGAUUUCAUGGCUCCGGCUAUGGAUUAUCCGGGAAUACCCAGCUACCUGUGUGGGCAUAAUUUACUGAAAGCUCAUGCAGAGGUUGUUCACAUGUAUCGUCGCAUUUUCUUUCCAAAGCAACAUGGGCAAAUUGGAAUCACAACAGACAUUUCGUGGCCGGAACCAAUGAGUAGCAGCGAGGAUGAUCGAGCUGCUUCAGAGCUUAGCUUACAAUUUUACGUUGGAUGGUUCGCUCAUCCCAUUUUUUCAGAGAGCGGAAACUAUCCGCAGGUUAUGAUUGACCGGGUAGCUGCUUUGAGCAAACAACAGGGUUAUGCUCGUUCGCGGCUGCCCAGGUUUUCCCAGGAAGAGAUCGACAAGAUUCGAGGAACCGCAGAUUUCUUCGGAAUCAAUUCCUACACUUCGGUGCUAGUGCAGAAAAACGAUCGGAACAACUCGGCGAAAUUUCCAGUGCCUUCAUUCAAUCACGAUAUGGGAGUUGUGGAAUCCAGUGAUCCAACUUGGCCUAAAAGUGGAUCUGUUUGGUUACAUGUUGUGCCUUCGGGAAUGAACAAGUUAUUGAACUGGAUUCGAAAGGAGUACAAUAAUCCACCGGUUUAUGUAACGGAAAACGGUGUCAGCGAUCGAGGUGGAACCAACGACGAGAAACGAAUUGACUAUUUUAAUUCCUAUCUGGAAGCGGUCCUGGACGCCAUCGAGGAUGGUUGCAAUGUACAGAUGUACGUUGCUUGGAGUCUAAUGGAUAGCUACGAGUGGAAAGCAGGAUUUACUGAAAAAUUCGGUCUUUAUCACGUAGAUUUUAGCAGUCCGAAUAGAACGCGAACUGCAAAAGCAUCAGCCAAAGUAUACGCCAAUAUCGUUCGAACUCACCGCAUCGACUGGAGCUACCGCCCAGCGCCGGAAGUGACCAUCCAUGGUCCGUCUUCGUACCGAUCCAACAGUUCUAUCAAGGUUCCUGUGAUAUAUUUGCUCAUUACGACGCUGGUGAUCGUGCUCAAAGUGGUCUAUAGCAGUUAGUGCUUGUAGCUGUGAAAUC